AAAUUGAUAUACAUUAUGUCCUUCGCGCUCGACGGAUUUCCUGGUUGGGAAGGUUCAUCGCUAUCUGCACAGCAACCGGUUAUCCUUGUUAUUUACUAUGCUUGUUUCAGGACCUUAGCAAUAAUCAAACCCGAUGCCACGAGAUUCAAAGGUGACAUCUUGCAGGCUAUGAGUCGGGACGGGUUCAAGGUCACGCAGAUUCAGAUGUGUCAUCUCACCAAGGACCAGGCCGGUGCAUUUUACGCUGAGCACAAGGGCAAACCAUUCUUCAAUAACCUGGUUGAGUUGAUGACUAGUGGAUGUUGCAUUGUGAUGGAGCUGAUGAGACCCAAUGCUAUCCUGAGGUGGAGGGAUCUGCUGGGUCCCACCAACACCCAACAAGCACAGGCAUCCGCGCCCAACUCCAUCAGGGCCAGAUUCGGAACAGACCAAACGAAAAACGCCUGUCAUGGCAGUGACUCACCCGAAUCAGCCCGGAGGGAGCUGGAGUUCUUCUUCCCUAGAGAUACCAGUCGUAGCAGAGCUCCCGCGAACACAGCCAGACUGAGUAACAGCACCCUGGCCGUUGUGAAGCCACAGGCUGUGAAGGAUGACCAGCUCGCUCAAAUUGUGAAAGACAUUGAUGGAGCUGGAUUCAAUAUUCUCGCCUUAAAGAGUUUCAACCUGGAGAAGAGUGACUGUGAGGAGUUCCUGGAAGUGUACAAGGGAGUGGUGAAUGAGUACGGGGACAUGGUGUGUGAGAUGAGCAGUGGGACAUGCGUGGCUCUGGAGAUAGACGCUCAGGGCGAUCCCGCCAAGUUCAGGGCAUUCGUUGGACCAGCAGAUCCAGAAAUCGCCAGGCACUUGAGACCGCAGACCCUCAGGGCGAAGUAUGGGAAGAGCAAGGUGCAAAAUGCAGUCCACGUCACAGAUCUUGUGGACGACGCCCCUCUAGAGGUCGAAUAUUUCUUCCGCAUUUUGUCUCAAUGAGAGACAGACAGAGAUAAUGAGAGAGACGAAGUUAAUCAAUCAACAACUGCAUAUUUGGUGAAGGAACGAAAACAGAACUGAAAACUUAAACUGUACGGAAAUUAUAAUGAAAAUGAAUUGAUGAAUCUUUAAUUGUGUAGAUAUGUGGAUAUGUAUGUAGUACCAACUUACCAAUCGGCA